CGCAGCUGUUGAACACAGAAAACUUCCGUUGAAAAAAAAAAAAAAAAAAGGUAAGGACGAUUUUUCGGGUUUCGGUUCGUGGAAACAGGAGAGCCGCAUUGUUUGCAGUUGUAUGUUUUCUUGGACUCUAUCAUAGUAACAGUGCAGUGAAUGAAGUGUUACCUGCUUCUGUAGCACUUUUUCACCAAAAGUGGGCUUUUGGACAAGGAUGACAAUGGAAGAGUUGAAGAAUGAAGCAGAGACAACCUCAAUGGUUUCCAUGCCGCUCUAUGCAGUCAUGUACCCAGUCUUCAAUGAGCUGGAGCGAGUAAAUUUAUCGGCAGCACAGACUCUGAGAGCAGCCUUCAUUAAAGCUGAAAAGGAGAACCCAGGUCUUACUCAGGACAUUAUUGUGAAAAUUCUAGAGAAGAAAAACGUGGAGGUGAACUUCACUGAAUCUCUACUGCGCAUGGCUGCUGAUGAUGUUGAAGAAUACAUGAUUGACAGGUCAGAACAAGAGUUCCAGGACCUGAAUGAAAAGGCACGAGCACUGAAACAGAUUCUCAGCAAAAUACCCGAUGAGAUUAAUGACAGAGUCAGAUUUCUCCAGACAAUCAAAGACAUUGCGAGUGCAAUAAAAGAGCUUCUUGACACUGUGAACAAUGUCUUUAAGAAAUAUCAGUAUCAAAAUCGCAGGGCACUUGAACACCAAAAGAAGGAGUUUGUAAAGUACUCCAAAAGCUUCAGUGAUACACUGAAGACCUAUUUCAAAGAUGGAAAGGCAAUAAAUGUGUUUGUGAGCGCCAACCGACUAAUCCAUCAAACCAACUUGAUACUGCAGACCUUCAAAACUGUUGCCUAGAAGCUUCAAUUGUUAGGUGUAAUUUUUAAUGUUGGAUAGGACAACCUUUAUAUGUAAAGUUUUUGACUGUAUAAUUUAUAAGUCUUGCUUCAAGACCUGAAGCAGGAUGUCGAACGGAAAUCUUGCCAGCUUCCACCAUAUUUUUGUAAGACUUUAUUCUAGCUUAAUCAUGAUCUCACAAUGAAGAUUCAGCAUCACUUUUGCUAUUACUAUCAUUCUAUCUAAAAGAAAGCCAAAAGAUUUUGCGCCUUAAUGUGUCAUGUAACAUUCCUUAUAUGAAGUGUAAAUAUUGGUAUUCUUUUUCUGACAUUAACUUGAAGAAGAAAUGCAAAUUAUGUAUUUAACAAUAUCUGGUGGCAAAUAUUCAAUAAAAAAUAGUUUACAUAUGUUAAAAUGUUUCAUUGGUUUUUGACAAUACUGGGGUUCUCUUAUGUGACUGGUUAAGAAAUAUAAUUAAGUAAUUUGUUCUGCUGUGCUUGGGUGGUUUUCAGACCCCCCCAAUUUAGCAUUAAUCGUUGUCAACCGAUGCAUUAGAUAAGGUACUGUAGUCCAAGACUAAUGCUAAUUGGGGAUUGUACAUUUAGAUUAUUGUGUUUAAUGUUCCAACAGUAGAAAUAUUACUAAAAUAGGUGGCUGCAAAGUCACUUGAACAGUGCUUGGUGCUGCUGAGCAGAGCAAUGAAACAGGCAGGUGGAAUCGCCCAGAAUCUAGGAUUACUAUCAAGGGGGUGCUGUAAACAGAUCUCAUUAUUGCACGCUCAUGCUUUUAUACUCUGAAUCUGAUGAAUGUUGCAAUAACUCUGCAAAUGAACCUGGUGGAACUCCCUGGCACCCAAUGAUCUUUUAGUGUGUGUUUCACAUUAUGUUUUAAUGUAUUUUCUGGCUGUGACACACAAAACCACUUUUGGUGUUGGAAAAGCAAAUGUUAACAAGUGCAAAUGCCACAUGAAAACACUGAUGUGUGUUAUCUGUUAAGUCCCACUGUGGUGAAAUGGAUGUCAAAAGCACUAUUCAAUAGAGAAAUUAGAUUUAUGGAUUUAAUGGAAGUUUAAUAAUUAUUGGCAUGUAUUUCUAAAAAUAAGAACUCAAAACAAGUAAGUGCAAGGCAGAAUUGUCACACGUAGCGUUAGAAUCAGAAAAUGAGUAAAGCACCCUUUGGGGACUUUUAUUUUUGUAUAAUAUUUAAAAUCAAAUGUCUUUUACUGAAUGAAAAUGUACACUAUCUACAAACUGUUAGUCAAAGUAAAUAAACCAAAACUUUUCAGCAUUCUGUGACAAAUGUAUUAUGCAACAUAAAAACAAAACAAAUUGACUAACCGGCUUUAUAAAGUGAAAUUAAAGGUUGGUAAUUACACCAACUGACUUGAGGAAUGUGACCACUUGUGGCAUACCUGAAAAACUAUUUUAUUUUGAGUUUCCAAGUGUAAUUGUGUGUCUUAGCUACAAUACAAACUUUUUCAAAUAAAUACAUUUACAGUUUAAUAAUGCAGUACCAUGUACAGUAUGUUAAGGACUGAUGAGGAUGUGAAGAUCCAAGACUAACUGGCUUUUAAGCAGCAGCCAUGAUUACUUCAACUGUGUGCUGAUUGGAGUAUAUUCAUGAGCAAUAAUCAUGUUUUGUACAAUCUGACAUGUAGUAUUCACAGUUUAAACAAACAAAAAAAAAACUGUAUAAUUACCCUUAAAGAAAGUAUUAUGAGCUGCAAUGUUCUACAACCAUGUUGCAGAAUCUAUAGAAUUUAUCAUGGUUGUUUACAUGUCUUUAUUCACAUGUUACCAUAUGACAAGUUUACAGCUUUCCUUUAAAGCAAAGUCAUGUUGGCCCAAUUUAUGUGGUAGUGACGGAUGCAGAACAAAUACAAAUGUUUGAGAUUU